UGACAGGACAACCGCAUGACAAUCAUGGCCGACGUGGCGAAUACGGCCGUACGUCAAAUUCAAAAUAAAUUGCUGGAAUGGGAACAAUCGGAAAAUUCUUUGGCACCUUUAAGUUUGUCACAAAGAAAUGCCAUCUAUGAAAUAUCUGAAGAAGUCAGUGUCCGGAGUGUUCCUACAAAUUUACCCGAGGGAAAUUUGGCUGCACUAGACAUAAAAGAUAAUUCUGAAGAUGAAAAGGAAAAAGAAAGUAUUUCAAAUACUAAUUUAUCUUCAGAAAAAUCGGUAUUCCCUCUUAGACCAAAAAAUAUUUCAACCACCCAUGAUUUUCUGGAAUGGCACUCCAGUGUUGAAGAGCAACUUGAAGAUCAAACCAAUGCUGUAUUCAUCAGCUAUUUGCAGCAGAUGACUCUUAGAAGACAAGAAUGUGAUGAACUAUACAAUCAGGUGGAAGCAUGUCUGAAAGAUCUUUCUCAACUAAGCAAACAGCAUCAGACAGUUGCAAACAGUACAAACUCUUUGCAUCAAGUUAGUGAGCAGUUGCUUGCUGACCAGAUGAAGCUUAGUUCAGUUCAUUCUGAAGUGGAAAGGAGACUACAAUAUUUCAGAUCUCUUGAUAGAAUUUCACAGCGACUGGAAUCUCCAACUCUCAGUAUCAACAGCACAGUAUUCAAAGAGUGUUUGGACCGACUCGAUGAAUGCAUUGAAUAUAUGGCAACACAUGAAAACUUUAAAGAGUCAAGAGUAUAUUUAGCCAAGCUGCACCAUUGUCAAUCUAGAGCUGUUGCGCUUGUGAGGUCAUAUGUCACACAAAUAAUGCAAACUGCUACUCAGCAAUGCCUCGCUGCCCCAGUUUCUUCCUCUGAUAGCUUUGCCGCGUCUGGAGGUAGUAUCAUUCCAGCAGCAGAUUCCGAUUUUGCUAGAUGUUAUGGAAAAUUCCAGGCCUGUGCCCCAAGAAUAAGAGCAGUCUUAGGUCACAUUGAAGAAAGAGUUGAGAAGGUGGCCAAAAGUGGGUAUGAGCAACUUCUUGUUGAUUGCCAGGCAUGCUAUGUAGAACAGCGCCACCAACUUUUGUGGUCCAGUGUGUGCAGUGCAGUUAGAGAAUUGUCUCAACGGCAUAAAGGGGACCAUUGCACAAUGGUUCGAUCUGGUUGUGCAUUCUUAUUGCAUAUUUGCCAGGAUGAGCAUAGACUAUUUGCUGAAUUUUUCAGAACCCAGGUUCAAGCCCAGUUAACGGACUACCUGGAAGGGUUGUGCACAAGUUUGUAUGAUGUUUUACGACCAGCUAUCAUUCACAUAAACCAUUUGGAAACUUUGGCUGAAAUCUGCUCAAUAUUACGAGUAGAAAUGCUUGAAGAACAUGUGCCAGCAAAUCCUGGACCAUUGGAGGCGUUUGGUCGAGUUGUUUGGCAACUGCUGCAGGAUGUGCAAGAGAGAUUAGUUUUCCGUGCUCAUCUUUACCUUCAAUCAGAUAUAUUGAAUUACAAGCCAGCUCCAGGUGAUCUUGCUUAUCCAGAAAAACUUGAGAUGAUGGAGAGUAUAGCACAGUCAAUAGCUGAGCAACAGUCACAACAAUCAGGAAAAUUACGUCGAUCCGAUUCUCGUUCUUCACUGGCCUCAGUUGGUUCUGCCACUUCUCAAGAAGUAGCAAACAUAAAUCAUGCUGUUGAGCAGCCUCGUUCUCGAACUGGAAAUUCACCCGCCGACCUACAUGGCAUGUGGUACCCAACAGUUCGCCGGACCCUAGUCUGCUUAUCUCGGCUUUACCGUUGCGUGGAAAGACCUAUUUUUCAAGGGCUUUCACAAGAAGCCCUUAGUAUGUGUAUGCAGAGUGUGACAGCAGCUGCUGAAGCUAUAUCCCAAAGAAAAACUGCUAUGGAUGGAGAACUGUUUGAAGUAAAGCACCUCUUAAUUCUGAGGGAGCAAAUAGCUCCAUUUCAGGUUGAUUUCACUAUUCGAGAAACUAGUCUAGAUUUUAGCAAAGUAAAAACAGCUGCAUUUGGGCUUCUUCAGAGGAGAAGACAAUUGCUAUCUCUGAAUGCAAACAAUGCAUUGCUUGAGUUCCUUCUUGAUGGCACACCAGCAGUUCGAGAGCAACUUAUUGAUAGUAGAAGAGAUGUAGACCUAAGAUUGAAAACAACUUGUGAGAAGUUCAUAGCAAGUGCGACAUCUGCUCUUGUCGGCCCAUUACAACACCUUUUAGCACAGGUGCAGUCAUUCCUUAAAAUGAAAACAGAGGAAGGAGAUAAGCUUAAAGAUGUCAAGUUAAGGCAGCAACAGUUUGCUUUGCCAGAAGCGAUUGGAUCUGUUGUUCGUGAAACUCAGAAACUUAUGAAGACUGUUCUCCCUGCCUUACAGCGCAGUAUGCAAUUGUACCUUGCCAAUAAAGAUACAGAGGCUAUAUUAUACAGACCUAUCAAGAAUAAUGUGGUCAGUCACUUUGCAAUCCUGCAGCAGCAUUUGAUCAGUGAGGGAUAUUCAGCAGAGGAUAUGAUGGUAGUGGCUUGUCCUACUCCAGAACAGGUUCAAGUAAUGUUGUCUUCUGCAUCUUUAAUAGCUGCUGGAUCAUGACCCUAGCUUAACUUUAUUUUGAAUUUGUGCAUUUUGCAAAAGCUUUUAAACAAAAAUAUUGUCUCCUUAUUCCAGGGUAUAAACUGGUUAUAAUGCAGUAUAGAUCACUUUAUUACAAUGUUAAUUGUUGCAACUAUUUUACAUUUAACUGUUACUUCCAACACAAUAUUGUUCAUGGUCUUCAAAAUUGUGAUAAAAGUUUUGAUAAACAUAUAAUAAAUAUUAAUAUUAUUGA